GUAUGAAAGCAGCCUCUGCCUCCUUCAAGAACCACUCGGUCUCAUCAGCGCUCUCUGCUCUGGCUGAGGAUGUGCUGGGCUGGCAGGACGAUGCUGGGGACCUUCAGCAUCUUGCUAGUGCUUGUCCAGGCAGCAGCAGCCUGUGAGUUUGGGCCCUUCCCCUACAGAGCCACAGGGAUCGUCUGCAGGAUGACCAAGCCCGCGGCAUUGCUGUUGAACCAGGAAACAGCCCAGGUCAUUCAAGCAGCCUUCAGAAAUGCCAAAUUCCCCAACAUCACUGGGGAAAGGUCCAUGAGGCUCCUGGGCCGUGUGGCUUAUGGGCUGAGCAACAUCCAGGUCAAUGAUUUGUCCAUCCAGAGGAGUGAGGUGGAGCUCAAGGAGGACAAAGCCAUUCACAUCUCCAUUAAAAACGUGACAGCCUUGUUCAAAGGGACCCUGACCUAUGGCUAUGCCGGGGCCUGGUUCUUGCAGCUUUUUCAUUCAGUUGAUUUUGAAAUUGAGUCUUCCAUUGACCUCCAGCUAAAUAUCGAUCUGGUCUGCCAAAAGGACCAAGUGGCUCCUGAUGCCUCAGACUGCUACCUGACUUUCCACAAACUCACACUUCACCUCCAAGGAGACAAGCAACCUGGCUGGCUGAAGCAGCUCUUCACAGAUUUCAUCUCCUUCACUCUGAAGCUUGUCCUCAAGAGGGAGGUGUGCAAGGAAAUAAAUACUGUUGCUCAGACGCUGACCAAUUAUAUACUUGAUUUAGCAGCCAAUUUUGUCCAGGAUAAGGACAUCAUUGUUGAUAUCUCCCUCGCAUCAGACUCUGUGAUAAAAGCAAGCUACAUAGAAUCCCACCACAAGGGCCUGGUCCUGUACAAGAACAGCUCCAGCGUGCUCAGUGACUCUGUGUUCUCCCCAUCACUGCUGACCGAGUCCCGAAUGCUCUACUUCUGGCUGUCCGAGCACAGCCUCAGCUCUCUGGCUGCAGCAGCUUUCUUAGAUGGGCGGCUGCUGCUGAACCUCAGAGGGGAGAAAUUGCAGGAGCUGUUUGAGAUGGAAGACACAGAAGAGCAGCGGAAGGCAGUGGAGAUGAUUUUUCAAGGAACCUCCUACAAUGACUCUGUGGCCAAGGUGUGGAGUCUCACCCAGCCCCAGAUUUCUCUUCAGCCUGAGGGGACAGUCGUGAGGUCCUUGGUGGCAGUGGAGGUCAGCAUCCUUCUCUCAGGAGAGCCCCUGGUGUCUCUGUACAUGGAGCAGGAAAUCACAGCCACUAUCCAAGCUACCUAUGCAGAAAAGAAACUCAUUUUGCAGCCUGUGGACUCCAGUGUAGAGAUUAAAGUGUUUAAAUGCACGGCUGAUCCAAGUGGGGAGGACCCAUCCGUACAAAGAUUCCUGCAGAAUAUGAUCUUGGUUGCUGGCAUUCCAGAAGUAACUUCAAGUAUUGGAUCAGCUCUGACUUCACUGAUGAACAGAAAAAGGCUUGAUCUCUUUGAUAUCAUAAAUCCUGAGAUCAUCACCAGAAAGGGAUAUGUAAUUGUACAGCUUGACUUUGGCUUCCCAAGUCAUUUGCUUCUUAAUUUUCUUGAGAAAAGUUGGUAGAGCUCAUCCCUCCACAGAGGAGCACAGGAACUUUUGUACAACCAGAAAAAUUGCAUCUGAACCAAUUAAAAGAUGAGCUGCUUUAAA